AAAAUGCUGUGAUAGAGCUGCAUCCUCAUCUAAAGAUAGCGUGCCCUGCACUGUAGGGGAGCAAAAAAUCUUCCACAGCGUUCCAUUAAAUACAUUACAGCGUUCACCCCAUUUAAGAAAAAAGGCGCGAGUCUCAAUUCGGUGGAAAAUUUUCACCCGCGAAAAUACUCGAUGGACAAGCCGAUUCCCCUUUCCAGUAUGGCGCCUGGAGCUGAGUAACGCCAUCCUUGCGAAACCCUUCCGUCGUCGCAACCUGCGCUACCGUCUCUUCCCUCUCCACCUCCACGUUGCUGUUGCCGGAAAAUCUACACCGUGAAGGGGCAUCACGUUUUGCUAAGUUAGAGAAGAAAACAUACUGCAUUGGUAGAAGUAAACAGCCAGUUCAGAGAGUGCUCAACAGUAAUCUUCUUGAAGAGUUGUUUCCAGCACAUUGACAGGAGACGAGGUUGGUGUCGUUAAGAUGAUGGACAAAGAUUGGGUGCAUUUGAAUAGCACCAUGUAUGUUCAGCCGGGAUACUUUUCCAAGAAGUUGGCAGGCUAUGAGAGGGUAAGGCAAAAAAAAAUUGAACAAAACUUCUUAGAAAUGAAAGCUUUAGGAAUCAACGUGCCAAAGUCAUUGCUUGGUAACUAUGAAGAAAUAUGUGGUAGCGGUAAAGGUAAUGAUAAAAGAAAGGACAUUGGGCAUGUGGUCAAUGGUGAUCCAGACUAUGAACCAUGUGAUGGUGAAGGAAGGGGGACUUAUGAUAGUGACAAUGAUGAUCCCUCGGCAUCUCAAGCAAAUCAGGUGAAAGGUACAAGUCCAAGAAAGAAGAAGGGUUGUUCUAGUGCACAACUUUUGAAAAAAUCACAAAGAACUCAAGAAGAUGGUGGCAGCCCCCAAGAAGCAACCCAAGCUCAGUAGCUCCCCACAUCACCUACUGAUCAAACUGACAUGUUUUGCAACCCACAUACGGUUGUUGGCUGCGUGGCAACUCCUACAAUCCCUUCAACAAUGUCACAAAAUCUCAAACGCAAAAGAGGCCCUACCAAGCUGAAAACAAUUGCUGUAGAUGGAGGUAGUCGGAUUGAAGUUAAGUUUGACGAGAAUGGUCAACCAAUCGGUGCUGGAUCAAUCAAGUUGUCUUCUUUCUUAGGACCUCUAGUUCGAGAGAUUGUACCAUAUACACUUUUAGAUUGGCGAAAGCUUCCUACGGGAAUGGCAGAAAUCCUAUGGCAAUCCGUUCAGGUAAGAUUCAAUCUUCAUGAAGAAUGGCAUAGAGAAAUGGUUUUCCGGAAAAUGAAUGAAGAUUGGAGAGCCUCAAAGUCGACAUUAGUCAGAAAAGUAAGAAAUGCUUCAAAUGAGGAAGAAAGGCUAAAGCUACAGCCUGAUAACAUCAAAUCGCUCCAAGAUUGGAAGGAUUUUGUGAAGGAAAAGACUAGUGAACAAUUCAAGGUUAGAAGCAAUAAAUUCAAAGGUAUGAGACAGAAACAAUUGGAGCUGCAGCAUACUAUGAGUCGUAAGGGAUAUGCACGGUUGACUGUUGAGCUGAAAAAGAAAAAUGAUGUGUCCUCUAUAAGUAGAGCUGUUGUUUGGGCUGAUGGACAUACAAACAAGAAUGGUCAACCCGCAAACAAAAAAAUUGCUCAAAAGAUUAAAGAUGUGGAAAGAAUUGAACGGGAUAAACCAAACUCAUUUUUAACUAAUCUGAAAGAAGAUGCUCUUUCUCAAGUGCUUGGUCCUGAGAAGCGUGGCCGGUUAAGAACAUUUGGAAAAGGAGUCACACUAACAAGAUUGACUAUAUUAUCACAAAUGAAUGGUCAGUUUGAUGCACUACGUGAAGAAAAUGUUCAGUUGAGGUCUGAAAUGUCAUGUGUGAAAAAUACAGUAAAGGAGUUAAAGAAAAGCCAAGUUCAAAGUUCGGCAACAACUAAAGGAACACCAACUACACCCAUUGUUUCUCCCUCGAUUGUGAACAUCAGUCCGAAUACCAAGUGCAAGUUGCUAGAUUGGAUGGGGACGGGAGACGUAGUUGCUGAAGGGCGUUGGUCUUCGAGUGAUCCAAAUGAAACAUGUCAUUGUGUUCCGAUCGGACCUAACGCAAUGAAAGUUUGGGUGGAUGUAGCAAAGAAACCUGAAGUGUUUCUUUGGAGGCCUACAAGCGAUCUGACCUAUGUCGUCGAUGCAGUGGGAACUACCAUCGCAUGGCCUGCUAGUCAAGUUAUUAUGGACUCUUCGCCGGGGUCGAUUGGUUGAAAGAGAAGAUCGAUAUUUCAUCACUUUUUGCUAGAGAUGGAGAUUAUGAUCUUGCUAGUGUUGGAUGUUGAAGUUUUUGCAUUGAUGUCUCCUUUUUUUUUUGUAGAGCCUCAAUGCUCCUUUUUUGUAUGAAGACAUAGCUGGGAUGAUCCUCUUUUGUAUAGCUGGGAUGCUCUUCUUUUGUAUAGCUGGAUGCUCCUCUUUUGUAUAGCUGGGAUGCUCCUUUUUUGUAUAGCUGGGCAACUUUCCUCCUUGAAAAUGUUAGCAAGAUGAAGGCUAUAGCUAGCUAGGUACUUAUAUUUAGACUUAAGUGAUGUUAGAUGAAGUCUUCUAUUGCAGGAUUUUGUAUGGAACAAUUAAUGUAUAACUAUAUGGGAGCUUCUUUAUGGCAAUUAUUAAACUUGACGAUUGGUUUUAA